GGCCGCGGGCGUCCGCUCUCCUCCUGCCGUUCCUGCCGGCAUGGCGGUCGUGGUGUUGCACUCGGUGCCGCCGAUCCGCGUUCUCCUCCAGCGUUGCUGGCAGCGGCUGGAGCUCGGUCGCUGGCCGGCCGCGUGCGGGGCGCAGAGCCCGCUGUGGGGGCUGGCGCCGGCCGUCCAGAGCCCCGUUUGUCUGCCGGAGCCGGCAGCGGGCGGCGAGGGGCCGGGCUUCCUCGGCGGCGUCCUGUGGAUGGCGGCGCCGAAGAAGAGGCGCAGCAUCGAGGUGAACCGGUGCAGGAGGAGGAACCCCAGCAAGCUCAUAGCGGUCAAGAGGAACAUAGAUGUUUGCCCCGAGUGUGGAAACUUGAAGCUGAAGCAUGUUCUUUGUGGUUAUUGUUAUGCAAAAGUCAAAGCAGAGACUCAACAGAUACGGAAAGAAAUAGGUAAAAAGGAAGGAGGGCCGUUUAAUGCUCCUACUGUAGAGACUGUAGUGCUUUAUGAUGGAGAAAAGCCCACUGAAAAAGAUGAAGGCAAGCGGAUCAUUGAGAGAGCCAGGAAGCGUCCAUCUUGGUUUAUUCAAAAUUAACAGCAAGACAGAGCAUGUUUUCCUAGAAUGUUUUCCUGGAAUGUUUUCCAAGAAUGUUCAGUCAACGCUGAUACUGAAUAAGUGUGAACUUUUAGGAUGCCUGAUGAAGUCACAUUUCAUGUCAUGUAUUGCUUCUGUAGCAUACAGUGGGCAGUGUUCUUGGUGAUAUCUAUCAUAGCAGUCAACAAUUAAAGAGAAGUUGGGAUCAGUCUUCUUGGACAUCUGCAUACAGUACAGUGACUACUUUGUCCAUUAAUGUUGGAUGCUGUAAAUAAAUUUUUAUUACUGUUAACAAUGGAAAAAACAAUCACAGAUAUACAAUAAAGAUUCCUAAAGAAAUCUGCUUUCCAGUUUUGGCUGCUGGUCUUAGAAAAAAAUGUUUAAAAUUAUUGUUGAUUAGAAACAAGUAAUAUUAUUGAGGAAGGAUAUGGUUAUCUGAUAAUUUCCAUUGCUCUUAAUAGAAUCUGUCUGGAUAUCUCACACUACUGCUGUUUGAAAUCCUCAGUGAUGUUCCUGCUUGUGGGUGAAACAGCAGAUGCCAAGUGAUGUUUGCUCUUUUUCAGUACUAGACUGAAGGUUAUUCUCUCAGCUGGCACUAUGCAAAAUAAUGCCCUCUGAGUGUGCUGUGGUCACUUCAGUAGAGAAAUGAACUGAGAUGCAGUGACUGGAACUCUGUAAGAGUCAAAGCUCAUUGUUUGCAGCCAUUCCCAUUUUGUAGUCUGGAUGGUCUGCAAAGAACAACAUCCCUUCCU